AACAGAUAAUGGAAGAGGCCGUAACCCGGAAGUUUGUGCAUGAGGACAGCAGCCACGUCAUUGCACUGUGUGGAGUAGUGGAAGCAUGCCUUCUGCACAUGCUCAAACGACGGGCUGCUGGCUUUCUGCGGACUGACAAGAUUGCUGCCCUCUUCACCAAGGUUGGCAAGACCUAUGAUGUGGCGGGCGAGAUAUGCAAGAAAGUGCAGGACCUCUUGCAGCAAGUCGAUGGCAGGAGGUCUCAGCCAGUGGGCCAAGAAUCCCUGAAGAGGCAAAGCUCGGCCACAAGCAAAACCCCUGCUCUGACCCCACAAGCCAUAAAGCACAUUUGGGUGCGCACGGCUUUGAUUGAAAGAGUGCUAGACAAAAUCGUGCAGUACCUUGUGGACAACUGCAGCAAAUACUAUGAGAAGGAAGCUUUACUGGCAGAUCCCGUCUGUGGGCCCAUCUUGGCGUGCCUCCUCGUUGGCCCGUGUGCACUAGAAUACACCAAGCUAAAAACAGCCGACCACUUUUGGACGGAUCCUUCAGCAGACGAAUUGGUCCAAAGGCAUCGCAUCCAUGGUGCCCAUGGUCGCCAGGACUCCCCAUCCAAACGGCCGGCCUUAGGCAUACGGAAACGGCAAUCAAGCGGCAACUCCUCAGAGGACCGUUUUGCUGCAUCAGCCAGAGAUUACGUGGAGUCGUUGCACCAAAAUUCAAGGACACAUUUGCUGUAUGGGAAGAACAACGUCCUGGUUCAGCCAAAAGACGACAUGGAGGCCAUCCCAGGCUACCUCUCUCUUCACCAAUCUGCCGAUUCUUUGACUUUAAAAUGGACACCAAACCAGCUCAUGAAUGGGACGCUGGGGGAUUCGGACCUUGAGAAAAGCAUCUACUGGGACUACGCCUUGAUUGUCCCCUUCAGCCAGAUCGUCUGCAUCCACUGCCAUCAACAACCAGAAAGAGGUGGUACCUUGGUGCUGGUGAGCCAGGAUGGCAUCCAGAGACCCCCCCUUCAUUUCCCGCCUGGAGGACACCUCCUUGCCUUUCUUUCCUGCCUUGAGAAUGGCCUUUUGCCCCGCGGACAGCUGGAGCCUCCCCUGUGGUCCCAGCAGGGAAAGGGCAAAGUUUUUCCAAAGCUUCGGAAACGGAACAGCCACAACAGGUCCAUGGAUAUGGAAGAACUGCCUGUGGUGGAGGCUGCAACCGAUUACGUCUUCAGAAUUAUUUACCAGGGGCACAGACAUGAGAACAUAACUAUUAACUACCACCACUUAGCUGCCAGCCGCUCUGCCUCCGUCGACGAUGACGAGGAGGAAGAAGAUAAGCUGCACGCAAUGCUAUCCAUGAUCUGCUCUCGGAACCUCACAGAUCCUAAAAGGAUGAAAGAUAUCACCGACAUGAUGGAGAUUCAGGGAUUCGGCACCAGCUUGUUGCCAUGGCAGCUGGAACCUUGCAGCCAAGGGUCCUCGUGUCUGUCGUGUUCGACGAGCAGCUCUCCUUAUGACCCGCCCAGCUGCUGCAGCUGCAUUCACGACAGAACCCCUCUGAAAAUGCUGUGCGAAAGUAUGAAGAGGCAAAUUGUUUCCAGAGCUUUUUAUGGGUGGCUUGCCUAUUGCCGCCAUUUGUCCACAGUACGAAUGCACUUGUCUGCUCUGGUGAAUCACACAAUAAUCCCACCUGACAAACCCACAAAUGCUGCAGAAGGCCUGACCAAAGAGGUGUGGAGUAAAUAUCAGAAGGACAAGAAGAAUUACAAGGAAUUGGAACUACUCCGACGGGUUUACUAUGGUGGGGUGCAGCACGAAAUCCGAAAGGACGUGUGGCCAUUCUUACUGGGGCACUACAAGUAUGGCAUGACCAAAAAGGAGAUGGAUCGGGUGGACGAGGAAAUUAUCCUCCAGUACGAGAAGAUCAUGGCUGAGUGGAAGGCCUGUGAGAGGAUUGUGAAGCUGCGGGAGAAGGAGUCCCAGACGGCCACCAAGUUCUCCUCCGGCAGCAGCAUCGACAGCCACGUGCAGCGGCUGAUCCACAGGGACUCCACUAUCAGCAACGACGUCUUUAUGUCUGUGGACGAAAUGGACUCUGUGGAGCGAGAGCUGAAAGCCCCGGCCGACCCCUCUUUGGUGGGAGGGAGCGUCGAUGCGCCCACGGUGGUGGCGGUGCUGGAGCAGCAGCCCUCGUUAGAGUUCGAUUCUCCGGACUCCGGGCUGCCUUCCUCUCGGAAUUACUCUGUCACCUCGGGCAUCCUUUCCAGCAUCGACGACGGGCAGAGCAUUUGCUUUGAGGACGGGGCCGAGGAAGAAAGCGGCAUCGAUCCGCAGAGGCCAGACACAGAGCUUGCUCAGAAAACGAAGAGCGUGGAAUCCGAGGGCUCGGGGACUGAGGAAUCGCUCAUUUCUGUUUGUUCUGCAGCUUAUACGAUAGAAAUGUUGGACACUGUUGCCUUAAACUUGCACAGAAUUGAUAAAGAUGUCCAAAGGUGUGACCGGAAUUACUGGUACUUCACUGCUGAGAACCUGGAGAAACUUCGGAACAUCAUGUGCAGUUACGUUUGGGAACAUUUAGAUGUUGGCUACGUCCAAGGAAUGUGUGACCUUCUGGCUCCCCUGAUGGUUAUACUCGACAAGGAUGAAUUGGCUUAUAGCUGCUUCACUCAUCUGAUGAAGAGAAUGAGCCAAAAUUUCCCCAAUGGGGGUGCCAUGGACAUCCAUUUUGCAAACAUGCGGUCGCUCAUCCAGAUUCUGGAUGCUGAGCUUUUUGAACUAAUGCAUCAGAAUGGUGACUACACUCACUUUUAUUUCUGCUAUCGCUGGUUCCUGCUGGAUUUUAAACGAGAAUUGUUGUACGAGGAUGUAUUUGCAGUGUGGGAAGUUAUUUGGGCAGCAAAGCACAUCUCUUCAGAACAUUUUGUACUUUUCAUUGCCUUAGCACUGGUGGAGCUCUACCGAGAGAUUAUCCGCGAUAACAACAUGGACUUCACCGAUAUCAUCAAGUUUUUUAAUGAAAUGGCAGAACAUCACAAUGCCCAGGAGAUCCUGCAAAUAGCCCGGGACUUAGUCUGCAGGGUUCAAACGCUGAUUGAAAACAAGUGA